AUGGAUAGUAAAGAAAUAAGCUCCAAUUCCAAUCACAGCAUUCAAACCAAUAAAGAAAAGGAUGAAGAUGAAGAAGAAGAAGAAGAGGAGGAGGAAGAAGAAGAAUUACCUAAACUUAAAUAUGCUAGGUUAAAAAAUAAUUUGACAGGAGUUUUAGGAAAAUGUUCAGCCACUUGUCUUGCUGUUCAUCCAAAAUUAAUUUGUAUGGGAACAACUUGGGGAUCAAUACAUUUAUUUGAUCAUCAAGGAAACAUAGUUAAAAAUUCAGAGGAAUUAAAAGGACAUUCAGUUUCGAUAAAUAAAAUAAGUAUGGAUGAAAGAGGGGAUUUUGUUGCCAGUUGUUCUGAUGAUGGUUAUGUUCAUGUUUGUGGCCUUUACACUUCAGAGAAUGAUUACGAUUUAAAUAUUGGACGUUUAGUUAAAUCUAUUGCUAUUGAUCCUUUAUAUUAUAAAUUGAAUUCUCAUAGGAGAUUUAUAACUGGAGAUGAAAGACUGGUUCUUCAUGAAAAAGCACUAUUAUAUGGUUUCAAAUCAACAAUGAUUAGUGAGGCUGAAGGAUUUGUGCAAAAUAUUGUUUGGAGUAAGCAAUUUGUUGCUUGGACUUCUGAUAUUGGUGUAAGAGUGUAUGAUGUAGAUAAUAAAUGCUCUCUUGGUCUCAUUAAGUGGCCUGAAAAUCGAUGUGUUACAUCUUCUGACUUCAGGUGCAAUAUGGUUUGGUUCGAUGACCUAACACUUUUGAUUGGUUGGGUUGAUGUUGUCAGAGUUUGCAGCAUCAGACGCAGAAAUAGUAGUGAAAAAAAUUUUGUUCUCCCUCAAAAACUACCACCUUACAGAAUAGAUAUUAUUUACUCUUUUACUACUGAUUUUUAUAUAUCUGGUAUUGCACCACUUAUAGAAUCUACUAAUAAAACCGAUUUACACAUUGUAUUAUUAGGAGUUGCAAAAACAUUAGAUGAUGAUGGGACUGUUAAACGACCAACACUUCAAAUUGUUCAGCCGAUUGGAAAUGAUUACAUUGAAGUAGCAGGACCAGAUGAACUUAUUUUUAAGGAAUAUAGAACUUACAAUUGUAAUGACUACCAUUUGGAGUCAGUUAGAAAAGAAAACCGGUACUUUAUUGUUUCUCCUCGUGAUAUUGUUGUUGCUUGUCCAUAUGAUGCAAAUGAUAAAGUUGCAUGGCUUAUAAAACAUCAGAAAUUUGAUGAUGCACUUGAAGCUGUUAAAGAUUCGAAUAAAUUUACAAUUUUAGAAGUAGGAAAAUCAUAUAUAGAUUAUUUAUUAUUGCAAAAAGAAUAUCGUAAAGCAGGUGAACUGUGUCAAAAAAUAUUAGGUAAAGAAAAAAAAUUAUGGGAAGAAAGUUUUUAUAAAUUUGCUCGAGUUCAACAGCUUAAAGCCAUUAGUUCUUACUUACCAAUCGGAGAUUACAAAUUGAGUCAACAAGUUUACGAAAUGGUCCUUUUUGAAUUUCUCAACACAGAUCCUCCUGGAUUUUUAAAAUUGAUUAAAGAAUGGCCUUCCAACUUAUACCAUGUUCCUGCCAUAAUAACAGCUGUGGUCAAUCAAAUCGUAGCCAUGUCGAUGAACGAUACCAAAAAUAUGAUAUUGUUGGAAGCUUUGGCUAUAUUAUACACUCAUGAAAAAAAAUAUGAUUUAGCUUUGAAAACAUAUUUAAAAGUCAGAGAUAAAAACAUUUUUUCUUUGAUCAAAAAGCAUAAAUUAUAUUCGUCCAUUCACGGUAUGGUUGAGCAUUUAAUGAAUUUGGAUCCGGAUCAAGCAGUUAUUUUGUUUUUAAAUAAUUAUUCAAUACCGGUCGAUGUGAUAGUGGAAAAAUUACAGAAUAAUCGAUAUUUCCUUCACAAAUAUUUAGACGCAUUAGACAAACAAGAUAAAGAUGGUGAAAUCAGUAGGAAAUAUCACGGUCAACUAAUCGAAUUACACGCUGAUUUCGCCCGUGAAAAAUUACUUCCGUUUUUAAGGAGAAGCGAUCAUUAUCCCAUACAGGAAGCAUUGAACAUAUGUCAGGAAAGGAAAUUUUUCCCAGAAAUGGUUCAUUUGUUGGCAAGAAUGGGUAAUUCAAAAGAAGCAUUAAUUUUAAUGACGGAAGAACUUAAAAACAUUGAACAAGCGACAAAUUUUUGUAAAGAACAAGAUGAUGCGGAAUUAUGGGAGAAUUUAAUACAGAGCUCGCUCAACAAACCGGAUUUCAUAACAUAUCUUUUACAAAAUAUAGGUACAGCAAUUGAUCCAAGACUUCUCGUCAGGAGAAUAGCACCGGGACUACCCAUUCCAGGUUUGAAAAAUUCAUUAGGGAAAAUGAUGAAGGACUAUCGUUUACAAGUUUCCGUUCAAGAAGGCUGUAAAAAAAUUUUGGUAAAGGAUUAUUUUAAUUUGCAAGCAAGGUUAAUAAAUACACACAGGAGGGGAAUAAGAGUCGACGACGAACAAAUAUGUGGGGCUUGCAACGAAAGAACAUUACAUCGGGGAGAUUCAACGAGUAAUUUAAUUAUUUUUUAUUGUAAACACAUAUUUCACGAAGAUUGCCUUAAUCUCACACAUCAUUGUUUAAUUUGUGACUCUCAAGUAAUAAAAAUUUAA